AUGGGCCGAUCCCAACAACUCCAGAUAACCGCUCCUCUUUUCCCCACACUUCGGCUCACCUGCUCUUUGUUGACCUCGUGCACGCCUCGUGCUUCUCUUCACGCGAUUAUCAGAGCUGAUCUGAAGUUGAUAAGACCGAUAAGGCUGCUACUCUGCCGAUCUUCACGGUUUUGAAGCGUGCAUCUACUUGUCAAGUCAUUCAUCGAGUUGUCUCUCGGCGCCCUCGAAAACCGCCCGAUCUCAACGCCAAGACCGGCCGCUCCAACGGCUCGUCAACAGAUCGGGUCGCCCGUGCCUAGCGAUUAAGCUGUCGUUAGUCCCUAGUCUCCGUCUCGACCAGAGUAACCAUGUUCUCCUUUCUACCUCAGAUCAGCAAGUUGCUGCCCUUCGGGGACCGCGUGCUAUUCGCGCUGCCUCCUGUGAAGAUCCAGGAAAUUGAUACAGCCCAUGAGAAGCCCGCGCGCGCGCUGAAACAUCUGCUGAAAUUGAAUCAUGCGAACCAUGCCAUAUUGUACAAUGAUCGAAAAUUUCAUAAUCAUGCCCCGCAUAUUCUGAGCUCCUCUUUCAUGCAAGGUGCUGAUGCAGAUGACUUGCAUCGUGUAUAUGAGGCGGAAUCUACGCAUCUGGAACCUUGGACUGAUGCUCCUGGGGAAAUCAGUGAUUUUGAUUGGAGAGAUUUUCUGGGAUGCAGAGAGUAUCAACGCGCCUUUGUGGACUUCUUUGAGGAUGAACUCGUCCGCCAGUCCUACGAUUGGAAGCAAGUCGUCAACGAGUAUCUGUUCUCCGGAAAAGAGCCGAUCUUCAACUCUCUCAUCGCUGAUCUCGGCCAUCCCCUAAUCCACCUGGCAUACGCCUUCGAAUUCGCCAGCCGCGAAGUAGCAAUGGAGGCUCUAGCCAUGACUUCCACCUGCUACAGCGCGAUCCACAAAUAUCUGGAUGAUCCAUCCUACGCCCAGGCCGAAUCAUCCUACCAGUCGACCUCCCUCUUCGACAUCCUCAACAAAGUCCGCCUCGACAAACAGUUCAACGGCCUCUUCGGCACCCCCGGCGGCAACAACAUGGACAUCAUCUUCCGCGACUGCGAAGCCGCUCUCCUCAACCACUGGAACGCCUGGAAAAUCCAGGACCCCGUCGCCCAGUUCCGCGAGAGCCAGGAAGUCGCUGUCGCUAUCCUGACUGGCACCCACUCAGAUCGCACUAGCGAACAAUACGACUUCUUCUUCGUCCACAUCCUGACUACCAGCCACGCUGUCCGCAUCUUACUGCCCCUCAUCCCUCCCCAGUUCCAGCUGUCUCUGGUCAGACAGUGGUGGCUCAUGACGCUGUGCGUUUACAUUGCUCAGCUUCGUCCGCAGAUCGACCUCGACCGUAUUCGGAAGUAUGAGCUCGGUGGACGCGAUUGGAAUUGGACUGCUAAGAGGGCGGUCAAGAGUGAGCAUUCGACUGAUGCGCAUUAUGUUAAGGCGCUGCGCGCGUAUAAGGAGUGUGCGGCUACGUGGGGUGAUGCGGAUGAGUUUUAUCUGAAGGCGGCGGUGAGGUUUGGGGAGGAGUUUAAUGGUUGGGGUGGGUUCGUUUGAUUUGGUUGUUUUGUGGGCGAAUGAAGGAAAAUUUGAUACUUAUUGGAGGUUGAUAUCUCUCUGCUCUUUUGUACUUUGAAAAUGUGCAUUAAUGAAUAGGUUUUGUGCAGAGUAAUGAAAUGGAAGAUCAUUUUAAUUAGC